AUGCAACAAAACUUAUGUGUUGUUGAAGCAUCGUGGUUUUCACUUAAUGGAUUAGAAAAUUUAAUCGCUUUAGAAGAACAACGUUAUUCAUGGAAAUUCUGGAGAAAUUUUGCCAUUGUCGUUGUUCUAGGAGUAUCACAAAUUGUUGCUGGUGCAGUAUUGGAAAUUUUCACAGCUGGCGUUGGUACUUACACUGCAUCAUUUUUAAUCAAUGAAGGAAUUAGCGAUCUAUUUUUUGCAGCUGGAUAUUUAUUCAAUGGCUAUAUGACAAUGUCCAGUUAUUGGGAACAUAAAAAAUGGAGUAUGGCAAUGAGCGCAGCCACCUGUAUGAUUGGUGGUAUUCUGGCUCGUGGUAAGACGGUGUCACGGAUCGGUUAUAAAGUUGCAGGUCCAGUUCGUACUGAAGGCGGUAAAAAGAUUGCACAAAUGGUUGGUAAAGAACUUAUUCAAAAUGUUGGAGCAAAAACAGUCGCCAAAGAGACAAUGAAACGAGUUGGGUGUAAAUUGAUCGAAGGAGUCGCGUUUGGUGCUGCACAAGGCGCUAUUGAUCAUGUCGUUACCAAUUAUCUAAAUGGUGUCUGUGACGCUAUUCAGAAAAUGAUUACUAGUGAUCUAGACGCUCUCUUUCAACAACAUCAACUGAAUGAGACCGUGUCUGAGGCUUUCAAGACACUCGGCGAAGAUCAAGCACGCUUACGUAUGGAGCAAGUAACACGUGAAUGUUUUGAAGGUCAGUCCAUGCUACAGACAAUGUAUACUUGGUGCAAACGAAUUUACGGAGUAGUUUCACGUGGUAUAGGUGAAGCCAUGCGAAAGAUUGGAAAGGUUGACUCAGCAAAAGCAGUAAAAACGGCUCUUUUAUUUCUGAAAGGCUUACAAUUUGCAUCAUUAGUUGAAGGUGUCACGACUGAAAUGAUUAAAGUAAAAUUGUCGGCUGGGCAAUUCCUUGACAAAGCUACAAAAAUCGUCCAAGAAGGAAUUGAUGAAAAAAAGCCAUCGGAAUAUGUAAAGGCAAGUCCACCUAAUAAUGUUAGAAUCCUUUGUGAACAAACAACCCAAAAUUGGAAGCAAAUAUUCGUCGAGACCUCCAAUCAAGCGAUUGCCAAUCAAAUAGUUGCACCUGUCUUAUCGUUUGGUGCCAAUAAAUUACUUAGUCUUAUUGGUGAUGCAAUAAAAAAGAAAUACCGAUCAAUGAAAGAAGAAAAAUAUCAAAAGCAAUUUGAUUCACUCAAAAAAGAUUUUGAUAAUAAAAUGAAAGAUGAACAAAUCGAUUCAGAUGAGUAUGAAAAAGAACUCCAAGCUUAUCAUGAUACUCUAAUGAAAGUAUUGGCUAAAACAAGAAAUCCAAUAUUGUUCGCUAAUAUUCUACGUGAAAAUGUACCCAUGGAUAUGGUAUGUGUUCAGGCAUGUACAUAUUUGAUACAUAAGUAUAUGAGUGAAAUGAACAUUAUCGAAGAUGGAAAAAAAUUUACUGGUAUUCGUAUUGUUGUUGAAGGUCAAGAUGGUUCGUCGCACGAGUAUUCCAGCUCAUCGAAUCCAUCGCAUUCAAUAAAUAUUGAACUUGACAAUAAUCAUUUUGUUGUGGAUGGACAAAGCGAUGGCAAUACUGAAACAUCAAAAAAUAAUUGUCUCUACAAAGCACUCGUCAAUAAAUUUCCUGCAAUGAAAAAUGCAUUUGCCGAUGGUGGAAUUUUUCGACAAAAUUUAUCAAGUUACAUUGAAAAUGAUAAGUUUAUGUAUCAUACUAUUGCUCAAGGUUGGCAUAAAUUCUCAAUCCAAAAAGGCAGUUUCGGCGGUGCAAUUAAUGAAGAAAAGUUUAAUCAGCAAAGUCUUUAUAAUCAACUUCUAGAAAGAACUGAAGAAGCUAAAAACAAUCUCAUCAGAAAGUAUCCUAAUUUGCCCGAUCGAGUUCGUCAAAGGUUUUGUCAAUCCAUCGAAACUAUAAAGAAAAUUGCACAAGAAGAAGGUAGCAUCGUUGAAGCUCGUAAGCGAAUUGAGAAAAUCACCGAAGAUUUCAGCAAGUAUCUAACAAAAGAAUUAUCUGGUGACAGACACCGCGAUCCACGAACAGAUUUCAAAAAAGCUCUGUCGGAUUUUGGCAAUCGUGUCAAUCAAACAUUGGCCACCACAUACACAAAUACUUUGCAAAAUUUUCAAUCAAAAGCCGAACUAGCAAAAACAUCAAAAAAUCAUCCCUUUUCUGUUCAUCCUGCUGAUAAGGCCAAUUUUGCACAAGAUGAUAGUAGAUUAAAAGAUCCAGAUAUCAUCGCAAGUGUUGUUCAUGAAGAUAUUAACAAAGCAUUGCCCGAAGAUGUUCGGCGAUUCAAUACCGUUGCUGUAUGUAUUCACAAUAAAACUCUCUAUAUAGCGAUGAAUCAGAUUCAGACAAUAAAUGGUCAACAGAGUUAUGGCAUCAGCGAUGAAAGAUGCAAUCAAAUACGUGAUUUAUUAGUUUCAAAAAAUCUAGUUUCAGGACGUGAAGAAAUCGUUUUUUUAGCACCAAAUGCGAUGCCAAGAAAUCAGGCCGAAUGUCGAGGUCCACAUGCCGAAAUGCAAAUUAUGAAAUUUUUGAAAGGUAACGGAUUCUUGCAAGGCAAUCAAACAAGAGAUCAAAACAAACCAAUUCAAAUAGGAGCCUCAAAACCGGCAUGCGUAUGCUGUAGUACAGAAAUGACUACUAAUAAUAUUCAUCAUAAAACCUAUGCAAAUGCAAACACAAAUCCAGUGAAUUGGUGCAACUCCACAGUGAUUAAUGUCAAAGUACAAAGAAGACUCAGCGUACCAAAUUAUAGAAAAUGA